CUGCACAUUCGGUCUGGCACCUCGAAUCAGUUGGUCUUAAACGUUUGCCGGUCUUCCACGUUCAACGCGUCGCAACGUUUCGGCCAGAGCCCACAACAGCCAUAAAAAAAGUGAAAGACCCGAUGGGACAAGAUGAAUUCUGGGUAUCAAAUGUCCGAAAUUUGGGUGUUGUGAAAACUUGAGAGAGCGAAAGUAACUAGUACCCGACAAAAAACAACAAAUUGUCUUGCUAAUUAGCCGCCGACACGCAACAGCAACGACAAGAAUUAUGAGUCGAUGAGGAAGGAGUGAGUGUGAACGUGAUAUCUUAGAGUGUUUCUGUGAGUGUUAUUGUGAUUGAGAGUGAGUGCGUGCGAGAGGCUGCUAAUUGGUCGUGGAACAUCCUUCCCCUAAAGAAACAACCACAGUGGGGCUAUCGGACCAUUGCUGACCCAAUUUUGAGUCCCAAAAAGAGUUUCGCAAAAACUCGUUUGUGUUGGAUCCUAAAUGGCCGUGAAAAGCGCAGCCAGCCGCUGUGCAGAAUUACCGUCCAACGAGCAGACAAAGUGCACUUGAAACAAUCCAAGUUAACUGGAAAACUCAGCCACAACGCAGCCAAACAACUUUCAGCGGUGGUCAAUGCAAAAGCAGAAACAUCAGCAACAAACUACAGUUAAGGUUUUGAGCCGCGGAAGAAUCUUGAAGCAAUUUUUGCAACGGCAACGUGUGAAUACACAGGAAGAUCCAGACUGCGGAUGGCGACUGCAAUGCGAAAAGUUAACGACGACUGAACGAAACCAGAGAGCGAUAGAGAGAAAAAGAGAGAGAGAGAGAGAGCGGAGUCAAAAGAGCGACCGGUCUGCCUGGGGCUGGCCAUGAUCUUGGCUUACAGCGCGUAAGCUUCCCUCCACAGUUGUCCGCCAGACGCGCACGCAUGCGCACGCGAAAACUUGCUAGCCGGGAUCUACAUAACGUAUCUGCCAGAUACCAGAUACAACGAAACGAUACGCGUUCACCGUUAGUCCGUAGGUGUGUCGUAGGCCUUGAUGAAGUAAUUGCAGGUGGUAUCUAACCGCACAGCCACUCUUUUUCUGGCCAACAGUUGGCUAAAGCAAAUAGAAAACGAGGCGCUAAAUGCGGCAGGGAAACUCCAAAUAAACAAACGAAUCCAAAGUGAAAUACGUGAAGAAAGUACAAUCAACGCACAGUCUAAAAGAAUUUACCAGAGAGGGGAGGAGCAGGAAAUCAAUGAAAUUGUGUUUGCGGGCUAAUCUGGUUUUACUUGGAACACUUUGCUGCCUCACAAAUUGAUUUGUCAAGUGGCUAACGAUUUCGCCAAUAAAGCCUUGGCCCCAGCCAUUGUGUCCGGCCCAGACGGUAGGGCGUUCCUAAGCAGCUCAAAGUUCCUAAGCACGUAGACGGCAGAUUCAGAGUCAGUCAGCCGGAUCCAAAUAAAUAAACAGCUUGGAACAGACAAAUUGCAGAGAAGACUGGCUACGGGUACGGCUACCCAUUGCGGCCCAUUGAUUGCCUUGCCAUUUCUUUGUGCAAUUGCAGGUUAAAGGUGUAAACAGCCAUCAACAUCACUGUCUCGGUGUCAGUUGUUUAAGGGAAGUGCUAAUCGGAGAGUGAAACUGAAAUUGAAAAUGCAUAGCCCGCCGGCGACACACAUACUCGUACAGAGCGUACAGAUGCUCCAUAAUUGGACGUCAAGUGAGAGUCAAUGCACAUCCUCAAAGCGGGCCAAAAGAAAUCGCACCUGCAAUCGUAGUUGCAAUCGGAAUCGAAAUCACAGUUGGAGCCACCCAGGUAGCAGCAUGGUCAAAUCAAAUACUUGGCUUCUGCUCUUGGCCAUGCUCUGUCUAAUCAACUUUGUCGCCAAAGCGGAUGAGACGGCACAGAAUGGACGUGGACGUGGACGCGUUGGCCGCCAUCUCUCCACAACACCUUUGAGUCACACAGCGACUGAGUCCCCGGACACAGCGACGGAGUCAGCGACAGUCACAGAGUUAGCGCCAACAGAAUCCGCCACGGAACUGGCACAGGAAGAGUGGCAGCCUGUGGUGAAUGCCACACGGAUGCCGAUGCCGACGCCGCUCAGGAAGCAGAUGGAUGAAAGAGCCGGCAGCGAUUCGGUGCUGCUGCGUUUGGCCCGUCGCUUCACCAGCGGCAACGAGCUGUGGAAUGGCAUCAUUCGCGAUUGCUAUCUCCGGCCAGACAUCUCGUGUUUUCAAAAGAACGUUUUCAGCUAUCUAAAUGACGCCCUCGAUGUGCAGGAUGUGAAUGUGACACAGCGCCUCAAGUUCUUUAAGAAUCAAGUGCAGUACGAGGCGGAUAAGGAGCAGGAGCAGCACAAUGCAAACGAGAUUCCCAAUAGGGCGCGUGCCGCCCCGCCGGCGGAAACCCCCAUCGAGGAAGUGACAACGGCGCUGUAUGGCAAGAGUAUUAAAUUUGCGAUGACCCACGAUCUGGAAGUGGAUUUACCAGAAGUAAUGUUCAAUGGCGCCACAUUUCGCAUCUCGCCGCGUUCCAUCGAAGGAAAUGGAAUCAUUGCCAAGCUGGAGCUAAUACCCAAACAGGUGGUCAAGGCCCGGCUGGCUGGCAUGAUAAUCCAGAAGAAAAUACAAAAAUUUCUACGCAGUAAAAUUGUGCUGUCAUUCCUGGCAUUGCUGCUAAUCAUCAAAAUCAUCAAGAUCAAGUUAUUCUGGUUGCUUCCGAUCGUGAUUGGCGUUGGUGCUGCCAAGAAGUUGCUCCUGAAAUUCCUGCUGUUCCUGUUCCCGGCAUUGUCGCAUCUCUUUAAGUUGUGCUCGCACUACCAGCAAUCGUAUCAUGCACCCCUUAAGUACCACCACCACCAUCACCUAAUUGAUCAUCAUCACACGGUGGUUCCACCAUGGCACAGUGGAGAACACCAGUCGGUGCCUGACAUUAUCUACACGCACCCACCCAAGGGUCAUCCAUCUGCGUAUCUCCAUGGUGCGCCCGUGCACGAGAGCCAUGGACCAGGAUUCGAGCACUUUGAGGGCGCAUGGGAGAACAGCGGCCCGGGACUGGGGUCUGAAUACAUAGGCGAUAUAAAUCGCGCUGCACAAAUAGAGGAUAAUCCGCAUUUAUUUAAGCCGAAUACGGCGAAUGAUGCUGGGGUACUGCAUGCUUGGGGCCUGGGCACCACACAGACGUAUCCUAAACAGCCGCAGAACCAUCCACAGCAGCACCCACAGCAGCAGCAGCAGCGUUGGCCUGCCACACAACAGUCCAGGCCACCGACAGCCCAACAGCACAAGCCGCAAUUACAACACCAGCAGCAGCAACAGCAGCAGAAAUUUCAACAACAAUUAAACGCCCAGAAAGUACAUGCCUCUAGUCACAGUUUAAAUCCAUUUCAAAGUCAGGAUAAACAAAGCUCAAGGCCAGCUUACACCCAGCCUCAUCCGGUAUACGUUCCAGGACACCAGCAGCCACAGCUAGGACCAGGAUCAGGACCCGGAGCAGGACUGACGGCUGCCGCACAGAUUGCCGCACAAUACGAGCCAGCACGCAACAAUCAGCAGCAGCAGCAGCAGCCCCAGCAACAGCACCACCAAAAUUUGCAGGAGCCACAACUUUCGCCCGAACUGGCCGCCCAGCUGAAAGAGGCCAUACGCAUUCAGGCCGAGCAGCGUCUGAUCCAGCAGCAACAGAAGAUACUCGAGCACCAGCCGUUUGUGCAGGACGGACAGCCGCUGUAUCCGCUCAACUAUGAUCCGUUCUAUAGUCCCAUACUGCUGAAAAUCGAUAAAAUCGUGGAACAACUGGGCGUGAAAAACGACCUGUGCAAGGAGCGCAUUGUGUGCAGCAUGUACAAGGAUCCAGCCACCUAUAGUCCGCACAGCAAUUUCGUUUCCGCUGAGCUCAGUCGCGAUACCAGCGAGCUGGAGCCCGUAACGCAUGCGAAUGAGGCCGUACGUCGCUUCUAUCGGCUCAUCCAGGCGGCGCGAGAUGGCCAGGAUCAAAAGGAUUGCCAGAGCCUCUAUCCACAGUGCACAAUGCCGGCAAAGUGAGGCCAAGACGUGAGGCGGAACGAGUACCAGUACGAGCAACUUUGAAGUCAAAUUUUCCUUGUUAAAAUGAACUGUAAAUAGGAUAAUAAUGAUAGCACCUAAGCAUAA